UAUUGAGUAAGUGGAUUAUUGUACGCGAAAGCUAAUUUAUAAUUCGAUAUUUUAACAACAAUGACACAUUUGGUGGAAAAGAAACCUCCUUUCGUUGAAUCAAACACUGUUCAGAAUUGCCAUAAUUGUGAACAUGCAUUCAUAGACUCCAGAAUCAACUGCAGAGCAUGUGGGAAUGUUGUUUGUGAUGAAUGCAGCAAAAAUAGAAUUUGGCUUCCAUACCUUCCCGAAGGAGAGCCUGAAAAUGUUUGCGACAACUGCUUUGAUAAAAUUCAGCUUUUGUGAAAAAUGCAAGAGAGCUUUUUGCAUCAAAUGCUUGGAUGCGAGUGAUCACCACAAGAAUAAAGAUAAUAUUUGUGACAAUUGCAAAGAUGACGAGAGUGAAAGAAGAUCCUCCUCUUCAGGCAGAGCAGGGUCGUACGAUCCGACAGAUCUGUCGGACAAUUGCUGCGAUUCUGACUGUUGCAUGUUAUUCUGUGAAUGCAUGGAGUUGGGAGUUGCCAUUGGGGAAUUAUGUUGCUGUCUUGGCGGGAUAAUCUGUUCCGAUCCUGAAGACGAUUAGAAGAAAAUUAGUCGAAGACUUCAUAUUACUAUUUUGGGAUUGAAAACAUUCACAUAGAGCCGGAACUAUGUACUGCAAACUGGAAAAUGUACAUCCAUACAGUCUUAAAUAAAAAUGGCAAAAGUUGCAAAGGAAAUUUAUCAAUACUAUAUAUUGUUUUGGCCUUCACCGAUGUAUAAAUGAACUAAAAGUACUUAAACAAGUACUGAUUAAAAUUCAACAAACCUGGUUAAGAUAUAUUGAGAACAGACGUCAUACCAAAAUUGUUAAAGGACUACUUUAUGAACACCCUCACUCUAUUGAUUUGCUUAUGUAUUCAAAAAUCGGGUCUCAUGAAGUACUUCUAGCGGACGUAGCAUAAUUUUUUUUCAUAUGAUAUUUCUAACCAACACCUGACUACGUCGUCUAAAAUUGAUGUAUAAAAAUACCUAGUAUAGCCACGAUGGUCGGAAAUGGUAUCUCUUUAUGACGAAAAACAAGAGAAAUAGGAUGAUCGUCUGUGCGUUUAGACGACCAUCCGUAUACUUUGGAGGACCUUAUUACGUCACUGUGACGUAUUCAGGUGGGGGUUAGGAUCGACAUAUGCAGAAAUUGUUGAGCCAGGCCAACUAGAAGUACUUGUCGGCGCGUACUUCGGGAGACCCCAAAUAUAUAAUGAAAUGUUUUAUGAUCAUCUGCAAUACAAUUAAACGAUUGGGUAUGAGUUUUUACAUGGAAGCCUAUUCUGCUAACUAAUAUUACAGGGACACUAUUCUUCAUUUCUUUGAUUUAUGCAACAACUCUGUCAAUGAGAA